AUGCCGCUGGUGACGGACCUGGAGUACGACGCCUUCGUCCGGGGCCAGGGCCCCCGCGGCGAGCAGGUCCUGGUGGUGUGUGUGACCGCGCCCGACGGCCGUGACGACGCGCUGGAGCUGCUCCACCGGAGACGGAGCAGGAGACGCAGCGCGCCGUGCGUUCAGUGUCAGAUGGACUCUUUCCGCCUGGUGAGGUACGAGGUGUCCGCAGGGAGGACCGGCCCGGCCAGAAGAAGCCUGCUGCAGAUCCGCCACAGCGUCGCUCCUGGCACACUGCUGAUGUACAUCAGGGGGAAGCUGCUGUUUGCCGACCACGUCUCAAACUGCUCCCGCGGCUACAUCAGGAGCCUCCACCGGCAGAUCUCCACCAGCAGAAGAGACUUCAGGCUGGGCUUGAGUCUCCCUGCAGACUACAAGAUCAGUGCUAAGCUGAAGGGCUCUGUGGCCGCAGACUCGCUGUCCACUCUCGAGUCCUGGCCGAUAUCGACCUCCCUCGACCGCAGCGAAACGCGUCUGAGGCACACGGCGACUCAAGUUCCGAUCUUCUGUAAGAUUCUGAGAAGCCAUCAAGAUCAGAGGACACCCCAACAGGACGGGAGAACGAUAAAACGCAAUCCUGUUGCCCAUCCUACUCCUCUUGUCAGACACUAAACAUCUCCAGCCAUGUCUACUGUACCACAUGACCUAAGAAUAAACUGGUGUGCUACAUCUGUCAGUCAGGGCAGAGUGUGUGACUUUGUGUUGAGGAUGUGGAAUUGUGAGCCAUCAAAUCAUUUGUUAUUUCCUGUGCAAUAAAAGGAAACUAUGUUGAAAUCGCGAUUAUAACAUCACAAACUAUCACGCAAUUGCUCAACCAGGUGAUGUCACACACUGAUGCAGGUCUAGCUGGAAAAUGUAUAUUAAGACCAGGUCAUGCAUUAUGCAUUGAGUUUGAUAUCUUUGCAAUCACGACUUUGUUCUAUGACUUCUUAGAUUGUCUAUUUUAUUAUAGCCUUUUUUUGAUGCAAUACAAUUUCAAUAAAAAAACAUAACUUCUUACAUUGGACGUCAUUAUGUUGAA